UAUGAACGAAUGAAAGCACUGGUAACCGAACUCCAACAGCAAGCAGAAAAAAUCAGAUUAGGAGGUGGAGAAAAAGCUCGUAAACUUCAUACAUCAAGAGGAAAACUGUUACCCAGAGAGAGAAUUGACAGGCUUAUUGAUCCUGGGUCUCCAUUCUUGGAGUUCUCCCAGUUUGCAGGUUACCAGUUGUAUGGUAAUGAAGCAGUACCAGCAGGAGGCAUUAUCACAGGCAUUGGACGAGUUUCUGGGGUGGAAUGCUUGAUUGUUGCUAAUGAUGCAACUGUCAAAGGUGGUACCUAUUAUCCCAUCACUGUUAAGAAACAUUUACGAGCUCAAGAAAUUGCAAUGCAAAAUCAUCUCCCUUGCCUGUAUUUGGUUGAUUCAGGAGGAGCAAAUUUACCUCGGCAAGCUGAAGUAUUUCCAGAUCGAGAUCAUUUUGGCCGUAUUUUCUAUAAUCAAGCAGUCAUGUCCUCACUAGGAAUCCCUCAGAUAGCAGUAGUAAUGGGAUCCUGUACAGCAGGAGGAGCGUACGUACCUGCAAUGGCUGAUGAAAGUAUUAUUGUUGGCAAACAGGGAACAAUAUUCCUGGGAGGGCCACCACUGGUUAAAGCAGCAACAGGUGAAGAGGUAUCGGCAGAAGAUCUUGGAGGGGCAGAUCUUCACUGCAGAAAAUCUGGUGUAACAGAUCACUAUGCUUUGGAUGACAGUCAUGCACUUCAUCUAGCAAGGAAAGCUGUAAGAAAUUUAAAUCUCCAAAAGAAAGUAGACGUGACUACAGAACCAUCAGAAGAGCCUUUAUUUACUGCUGAUGAAAUAUAUGGAAUAGUUGGUGACCAGCUAAAAAGAAACUUCGAUGUGAAAGAGGUCAUUGCUAGAAUUGUAGACGGAAGUAAAUUUGAUGAAUUCAAAGCCUUGUAUGGGGAUACUUUAAUUACAGGAUUUGCAAGAAUAUUUGGUUAUCCAGUAGGAAUUAUUGGAAACAAUGGAGUUCUUUUCUCAGAGUCAGCAAAAAAGGGUACACAUUUUAUCCAGUUGUGUUGCCAGAGAAAUAUUCCCAUUGUGUUUUUGCAGAAUAUUACAGGUUUUAUGGUUGGCAGAGAAUAUGAAGCUGAAGGGAUAGCAAAAGAUGGUGCCAAAAUGGUAACUGCUGUAGCUUGUGCCAGUGUACCUAAAAUAACAAUAAUUAUUGGUGGUUCUUAUGGAGCUGGAAACUAUGGUAUGUGUGGAAGAGCAUAUAGUCCAAGAUUUCUGUAUGUGUGGCCAAAUGCUCGCAUAUCAGUGAUGGGAGGGGAACAAGCUGCAACUGUUCUAGCUACAAUAGCUAAGGACCAAAAAGCAAGGGAGGGAAAACAGUUAUCUGAGGCAGAAGAAGCAGCUCUGAAGGAGCCAAUCAUUAGGAGGUUUGAGGAGGAAGGAAACCCUUAUUAUUCCAGUGCAAGAUUAUGGGAUGAUGGGAUUAUUGAUCCAGCUGACACAAGACUAGUUUUGGGCCUUAGCCUCAGUGCAGCAUUAAAUGCACCUACGAAGAAGACAGAAUUUGGGGUUUUCAGGAUGUGAACUUCAAUGUACGCUCAUCAGAAUUACCUAUGCAUAUUCUAAUUGGGACUGGAGGGCAAACGAACCACAAUGUUGGCGUGAUUUGAAAAUAAAGAUUUAUACAAUGCUG